GGGCUCCGCCGGACCCGCACCCCCAGCUCCGCGGGGCUCACCCUCUCCUCCUCUCAUGAGUCUCCCACAGCCCGCGGCGACGUCGGGCGAUGCGCAGCCCGCAGCAGCUGCGGAGGGCACCCCGCUGCCCAGCGCACCCCCCGCCCGCAGCCUCACCAUCCAUGACUUUGACAUCGGGCGCCCCCUGGGCAAGGGGAAGUUCGGGAACGUGUACCUGGCCCGGCUCCGGGACAGCCAUUUCAUCGUGGCCCUCAAGGUCCUGUUCAAGUCGCAGCUGGAGAAGGAGGGGAUGGAGCACCAGCUGCGCAGGGAGAUCGAGAUCCAGUCGCAUCUGCAACAUCCCAAUAUCCUACGCCUGUACAACUACUUCCAUGACGAGCGUCGUGUGUACCUGAUCCUGGAAUACGCGCCACGGGGUGAGCUCUACAAGGAGCUGCAAAAGAGCCACACGAUCGAUGAGCAGCGUACGGCCACGAUCAUGGAGGAGCUGGCGCACGCUCUGGCCUACUGCCACCAGAACAAGGUGAUCCACAGGGACAUUAAGCCGGAGAACCUGCUGCUGGGGCUGCGGGGGGAGGUGAAGAUUGCGGACUUUGGCUGGUCCGUGCACACCCCCUCGCUGAGGAGGAAGACCAUGUGCGGGACUCUGGAUUACUUGCCCCCGGAAAUGAUCGAGCAGAGGACGUACAGCGAGAUGGUGGACCUGUGGUGCAUCGGGGUGCUCUGCUACGAGCUGCUGGUGGGAAACCCCCCAUUUGAGAGCUCCUCCUACUCUGAGACCUACAGGCGCAUCCUCAAGCUUAACCAGCUAGAGAAAGCUGUGUACACUGUUGCACCCUAA